AUGGGACAGCUAAUAGCCAAACUGAUGCGAGUCUUUGGGAGCCAGGAGCACAAAGUCAUCAUCGUGGGACUGGACAAUGCAGGAAAGACCACCAUUCUCUACCAGUUCCUGACUAAUGAGGUGGUUCACACGUGUUCAACCAUUGGUAGCAACGUGGAAGAAAUUGUUCUUCAGAAGACUCACUUCCUCAUGUGGGACUUAGGGGGUCAGGAGACUCUGCGCUCCACCUGGGACACAUACUACUCCAAUGCUGAGUUUGUCAUCCUUGUGAUCGAUAGUACAGACCGGAAUCGGCUGCUGACCACCCGGGAGGAGCUGUAUAAGAUGCUGGCCCAUGAGGCACUUCAAGAUGCCUCAGUCCUGAUCUUUGCCAACAAGCAGGAUGUGAAGGACUCCAUGACCACAGCAGAGAUCUCCCAAGUCCUCACACUCAAUGCCAUCAAAGACCACCGUGGCAUAUCCAGGGCUGCUGCGCUCUCCCUGGAGAAGGGCUGCCAGCUGGGCUUCAGUGGAUGA